AUGUCUUGGAAACCAAUUGUAACCUACAUUUUCCGUGGUCUUCAAACGGUAUUUUGCAUUGUCGUUCUUGGUCUUUCAGCGGGGUUUUUGGCUGAUGUUGGAUAUAACUACGACCGUGUCACUUUUGCCUUGGUGGUUUCGAUACUUAAUCUCCUCUACUUCGGUUACAUUUUAAUAUUGAUGCCUAUUUUUUUCAAAAAUUUUACUUUUUCUAUUCUCAUUUUUGCUGCCGAGUUCAUUUUCUUUGUCUUUUAUCUUUCUGCCAUGGGAGCAAUUGCAGAUGUUGUUCCUUCUGGAAGUUGUGGAGAUUAUGGCAGCUACUCAUCUGCAUGCAGUAUUCUUAAGGCUUUGAUACCAUUCACUUUAUUCAACUGGUUAUUAUUUGCUACUACUUUUGGAUUAUUCUUGGGCUACAGUUUUAUUCCGCAAGUCAGCAGUCGCGGAUUCAAAUCCAUUUUCUUACCUGUACGAUUCGAGUAUGGUGCUAUCUUUACUAACUUUCUUUUGCCAUUUGGUAAAAGAUAUGCGGUAACUGAUCCAGUAACUGAUGCUGCAGUUGCAGAUGCUGAGAUCACUGGUAAUGAUAUCGAAAAUAAUGCACCUAAGGGUGCUUCUGUUGGUGAUGAUGAGGCAACUGCUGGUUUAGCUUCAUCCGAAGAAGACAAAUAUACAGAGCCACUUUCUGGAAAUAUCGAUGAAGUUACUGCAACCCAAGAAGCAACCAAUCAAAGCAAACCAUACCCAUAA